CAUUCGGUGCACCCGAUAUGGCCACCUCAUUAAAUGAUACUUUGUAGCUCCAGAUCCACUCUAGAUUUCUAUGUCCCCUCUGAAUUUUUCCCAAGCUUCCAAGGACAUUAAUAACUACUCUUUCCUUCCCUUCAUCUCUCUCUCUACCCUGCAUGAACUUUCUGCUUCACCACAUGUUUUUGCUAGGGUUUUCAGACAAUAUUGAAGAUAUGGAUUCUUGGGUUUUCAUGGGUCUUCUUUUUCUUUUGGGAUGCUGGUGUUGCUGCUUCUUCUUCAACAAUAACAAGAAAGUAGAAAAGAAAUUUCAUGGUAUUAUUCCAAAGGGAAGCUUGGGUUGGCCUUUGCUUGGUGAAACUCUGGAGUUCAUUGCCUCUGGUUACACCUCUCAGCCUGUUGCUUUCAUGGACAAACGAAAAACGCUAUACGGUGAGGUGUUCAAAACUCAUAUUCUUGGAACACCCAUCAUUGUUUCAACAGAUCCAGAGGUGAACAAAGUUGUUUUACAAAACCAUGGCAAUGUCUUCAUCCCUGCUUAUCCUAAAUCAAUCAGGAUUUUGCUUGGAGAGUUUUCUAUACUUCAAAUGAAUGGAAAUCUGCAGAAGAAACUCCAUGCACUAGUUGGCGGCUUCUUGAGAUCACCACAGUUCAAAUCCAGGAUUACCAAAGAUAUUGAAAACUCUGUCAAACCAACCUUGUCUACUUGGCAGGACAUGGAUCUUAUUCUAGUCCAAGAAGAAACCAAAAAGAUUACAUUCCCAAUUUUAGUAAAAGUUUUAAUGAGCAUUGGGCCUGGCCAAGAUCUAGACUUUCUAAAGAAGGAAUUUGAAGAAUUCAUCAAAGGGUUAAUCUGUUUACCAAUCAAAUUCCCAGGAACUAGGCUAUAUAAAUCUUUAAAGGCCAAGGGAAAGCUACUGAAGGUGGUGAAGAAGAUAGUAGAGGAGAGGAAAAUCGCCAUGGAAAGAUCAGAUGAAAAGGGUAAUAUUGAAGAUGUAGUGGACUUGCUUUUACGUGAGUAUGGUGAAGCAAAUGAGAUGCAAUCUCUACCGUUGGAUUUCAUCAGUGACAACAUUAUAGAGAUGAUGAUCCCAGGAGAAGAGACUGUACCGACGGCAAUGACACUAGCUGUGAAAUUCCUCAGCGACUGCCCCGUCGCUUUAAAGCAAAUGACGGAGGAGAACAUGGAACUGAAGAGGCAGAAGACUGAGUCUCGAGAGGAUUAUAACUGGACAGACUACAUGUCGUUGCGAUUUACUCAAAAUGUGAUCAGUGAAACUCUUAGAAUGGCAAACAUCAUUAAUGCGGUUUGGAGGAAAGCUAUCAAGGAUGUGGAAAUUAAAGGCAAGUUGAUUCCACAAGGAUGGUGUGUUUUGGCAUCGUUUACUUCUGUUCAUAUGGACAAAGAAAAUUAUGACAACCCCUAUCAGUUUGAUCCUUGGAGAUGGGAGAAAACGGGAGGAGCUUCUGUUAACAACUGCACCUUUACACCUUUUGGAGGAGGACAAAGGCUGUGCCCUGGACUAGAUCUAUCGAGGCUUGAAAUAUCAAUAUUCCUUCACCACCUGGUCACUACGUACCAAUGGACAGCUGAAAAGGACGAGAUUGUCUACUUUCCAACAGUGAAGAUGAGGAGGAAGCUACCCACGAGAGUAAAAGCUACACAAACUCAACCACCACCAUAGAUGAUGAUGAUGAUGUGAUUAAACCAUGGGUGCAGACACAAGAUGAUGAGGUGGGAGGCCACUGCAUAUGCAGGAGCAAGAAGGGUCAGUGUACUUUGGUCCUAUAUGGAGAUGCAGAAGGAAGACGAGGAGGAAACGUGCUCUUGCUUUCUUAUGUAAUAACCCUUUCAAUUAUAGGUUGGACUUUGGUGGUGGAGCCUCCCAACUCUUGUACUGUAGCUCUGGGCACAAUUGCAAUCUUUUCUUUUUUUUAAAAAAAAAGAAAUUAUACAAAGGAUUUGUUGCUUAAAUAUGUAGUUAAUAAAUCUUUAAAUAAAUUAUAUUUUAAUUCUUGAAUUUUAA